UGAUCAUUCACAUCGCAUCCAUCUAUCUAUCUAAUUACCUUGCUUUUCACCCCCCGCCCUUCUGUGGCUCUAUUUCCUUUUGUUUCAUUCUCCCUUCUUCUUACUUCUGCUCCAUAUUUUGCCUCAGCUUGCAGGCCCUGGUCUGUCAAGCUCCCCCCAUGUAAAAGUGCGGACCAGUCCCUCUUCCUGGCCGCACCCUUCUCCAUGGUGCCGUCCGGCCACCUCUGACCAUCUCUCCGCCCGUUCCUUCAACGCUGCCUCCGUCGCUCCCUCCAUCGCUCCCUCCAUCACCACUUCGCAUUCUUAUACAUUAUCUGUCUACUUGUUGGAUGGCAUGGCGGACUACCACGACGCCGGCGGCCUAAUCCUCGACGGCCCCUUUGAUCCCGACGCCCAGGCCACCGUCACCGACUACAUUGACUACACCGAAUACCUUCCCGCUGACCUGAUUCGUUCCCUGACACUCAUCCGCGGCCUUGACGAACGCUAUCUGGAAGCUACCCAGACCGUCCAUGAUCUCACCAAGGCCUAUGGCCAGCUGCCGAACCUCCCCCCCGACGUGCGCCCCGAUGCGCGUACCCUGCGCAAGGAUAUCUCCGCCCAGCUCGAUCGCGCCAUAAACGCGCGUGAAUCGGCCUAUGCAGAGGCCUGUCGUCUCUACGAUGUGAUUGAUCGCCAUUUCAACCGAUUGGACAGCAUCAAACAGAAGCUCGAAGCUCUCCCCAAACCCGCGUCGCGCGAACCCACCCCUCCACCACAACCCCUCGCAACCACCAAACGAAGCCGAUCGACUAAAAAGGCCGACGAGGCUGCCGGCCCACCCACCACUACGCGCAUCACCUUGCGUCUAGAUAGCCACGAUACCUCUCGCGCGACGACCGCGCCCAAAUCGCGCACACGCCGAUCCCUCAUCUCUGCCGAGCAUCUGGCCGACUUGCAUCCCGAUUCGCCCAUAGCCAGCACGGAGCAUUCCGAUGUGGAAGCGGAUACCAAAGUGGCGCCCUCGGAGUCGCCUGCAGAGCCGGCAGCUGCACCGACCAAGAAAGAGAAAGCCAAUCGGCGAUCGCGGGUCUCCGGGCUGGCCCAAGCCGGUGCCCAGGGGCCUACGGCUCCAGCCAUAUCGACCAGCAAUGCGUUGGCGAUGCUCAAGCCACCUCCAGAAGAUGCUAAACCUGGAAGUGAGGACAUGCCAUGGCUGCGCCUGACUGAAUGGGAAAUGACCAAGUUGCGCAAGAAGAUGAAGAAAAACGCUGUCUGGCAACCCAGCGAGGUCAUGAUUCAUCGUGAACUAGCCUUGCGUGGCCGCGGCUGGGAAGCUUACCGGGCGGCAAAAGCACAGGCCGAGGCCGCGGGUACUGAAUUCUUGGACUGUGACGAUAUCAUGAACACGUACGUUCCUGGCAAGCUGACCAAACGCAGCGAGGCAACCGGCGACACUGAGGUCACGUUUGAGACCAAACUUAGCAAUCGCGGCAUGAAACUCAACGAGGCCAAGAAGCUCAAGCGGGAGAACCAGGCCCGGGAGCAGGCCGCUGCUGCUGCUGCUGCCGCCGCCGCCGCAGCACAAGAACAAACAGCCAAAGAUGCAGGCCAGUCAGAAGUGGUACCCAAAGAGAUCUCACCCAAAGAAAUUUCACCGAAGGAGAACCCAUCCAAAGAGGCCCCGCCCAAAGAGGUCAUACCCAAAGAGAUCUCUACUUCUAGUGCCCAGGAUGCUUCAGCCGUGAGCAAGCCCAGUCGUACAACGAAGAAAAGAAAACUCGAAGAGGUGAUACCCCCAGAGGCACCCAUUGCUCCUCCUGCUCCUUCUCCCUCAGCCUCGUCUGCCCCUUCGGCUUCUACUGCUCCCUCCACGUCCGUUACUACCUCAGUGUCUGUCCCUCCCUCAGUGUCCGCUGCACCCUCUCCUUCUGGUGAUCCUACUACCUCAAUUGUAACCUUCUCGUCUGCCGGUCCUUCUGCACCUGCCCCCCCUAUUCCUGCUCUAACGCCCGCUCCUCCUGCUGCUCCCGCUGCUCCAGCUAUUUCUCCUGAAUCUACUGUUUCCCCUGCUCCGCUUGUCCCCGCUACCACUGCUGCUGCUGUUGCGCCUGCGGAAGCUGAACCCCGUUCUUCGCUCCGAAGUGCGACCAAACGCCGCCGAACUAGCAAAGAAUCCCUCACUCCCGUUGACACAGAUACUACCAUCCCCGAAGUAUCUACAACUGCAGCCCCCCCUAUUCCGGUUGCGGAAACUUCCGAGUCACAGAAACCUUCCUUACCUUUGUCUCCAACUGGAUCCAAACGCUCUAUCCCGCAACCCGCAGCCGUGGCUGCAGCCGCAAAAGCAGCUACGCCCACGCCGCCGGUCACUCGACCUCCCUCUCGCCGCUCGGCCGCUUUGUCACUAGAACCAACGGCCAAUGCUAGCGUCGUUGCAACUACCACUAAACGCGAACUUCGCCAAAAGAGCGCGACACCCGCCCGAAGGACCCCAGUUCCGGAAACCGCCCGAGCCACCAGUGUGAGUGCUCCCAAUCGCAAGCGGAAACGUCCAGCACCGGGUCCUGUGUCUUCAGGCCAAGAUGGCGGCGCCGCGGUUAGCUAUGGUCGCCGCAAAGCAAAGCCUGGGAAGAAACGGAUCGGAACGCGUGAGGUUGGGCUUAAAGACGGAACCUUGGCACGCGAGGAUAUUCGAAUUGACGAGGACGGGGUACUCGAGGAAAUUGAUCCGAAUGAACCGCGGUAUUGCCUGUGCGGAGACGUGAGUUUCGGGACGAUGAUCUGCUGUGAGAACCAAGAAUGUGACCGCGAAUGGUUCCAUCUCGACUGCGUCGGCCUGUCAGAGGUCCCGAGUCGCACGGCAAAGUGGUACUGUCCAGACUGUCGUGUCAAAUUCAACAAGGGUGCGGAUGGAAUUGUGAAGAAUAAUCCACGGAGAUGAAGGUACGCCGUUGUGGCUGGCCAUAUUUCGGGGAGUGACUUUGUGGUGUAUAUGUGACGAGACCACGAUUGGCAGCAUGGCCCAUUUUAUGCACAGGGCUCAAUUUUGUUCUCAUAGUUCGUUAUCUUGAUUCGCAGCGUGGCGAAAUGAUUGAUGGAUGGUGUUGGGUGUCAUUCGGUGUAUACCAGCUUGAGGCAGUCGUCUCGCUUGUCCACCAGUUUCUUUCUUAUUGUACAUGCCAGUAUACUUUCUAAGUAGGCAACCAUGAUCGCCCCGUUGUC